AUCUCCAAGAUCUUAAUGAAUGUUAUAACUAUUGAAGAUUAUAAGAGCACAUACUGGCCAAAAUUGGAUGGUGCCAUAGAUCAGCUUUUAACCCAGAGUCCUGGUGACUAUAUCCCCAUAUCCUAUGAACAGAUAUACAGUUGUGUGUAUAAAUGUGUAUGCCAGCAGCACUCAGAACAGAUGUAUAGUGAUCUGAUUAAGAAGAUAACUAAUCACUUAGAGAGAGUCUCAAAGGAGCUGCAGGCCAGCCCUCCAGAUCUCUAUAUUGAAAGAUUUAAUAUAGCUCUUGGACAGUAUAUGGGAGCAUUGCAGAGCAUUGUGCCUCUUUUCAUAUAUAUGAAUAAGUUUUACAUCGAAACAAAACUUAACAGAGACUUAAAAGAUGACCUUAUAAAGCUGUUUACGGAACAUGUUGCAGAAAAGCACAUUUACAGCCUAAUGCCUUUACUUUUAGAAGCCCAGUCAACACCAUUUCAGGUCACACCUUCAACUAUGGCAAAUAUUGUGAAAGGCCUGUACACUCUCCGACCAGAGUGGGUUCAGAUGGCUCCAACUCUGUUUUCUAAAUUUAUUCCAAAUAUUCUCCCUCCGGCGGUGGAAUCUGAACUUUCUGAAUAUGCUGCUCAAGAUCAGAAACUUCAAAGAGAACUUAUGCAGAAUGGUUUCAUGAGAGGUGACCAGUCCCGGAAGAGAGCUGGGGAUGAGCUGGCUUAUAACAACUCAUCAGCAUGUGCGAGUUCCAGAGGGUACAGAUAGUGACUGUGUUGAAUGUACUUUCCUUCCUGCCACAAGGACACACUGGAGCUGCAGAGACUUUUCCGAGCACAGCGGGUCCUGCACUCAGGCGCUCUCACAAGGCUGCUCUCAGAAGAGGAUGUCGGACUUCUUACUUUGAUUUGUAAUUUUAAAAAACAAAACAAAAUUUUAACAAAAUAACUGUCAGUUGCUGCUAGACUUGGGGAUGAUUUUGAAAUAGGACAAUCUUUUAAUGAAACCUAUUAAUCCAUGAGGAACAGGCAUCUUGAAAAGUGACCGUUGCUAAGUGAAAUCCGGCAGCCCGAAUCAGCAGCUUCCUCCAAAAAUAUAAGAGCAGAAGAAUUUUUUAAAGCACUGUUUUAUUCAUUUGUGGACUUGGCGCUCGGCAUAUUGGUUUCACACAUCAAGAUACCUUUAGCUUUAAAAUCAAGCAGAUCAUUACAAUACAGUAUUUUUCACCCCUAACCAAAACAAACUCCUUUAAAAGAGUUGGUCUUUGUUUAGAUUUAGAAAGUCUUAUGAAAGGAAAAUGCUAGUUCUGCUUUUGCUAUACCUUCUUCCCCAUUAAUUCACAACUUUUUUCUACUCUGUGCCUUGAGCUUUGUGCACUUUGCAACUCUGUGACCAUGUUGUCAAACUCACAGAUGCUUCCUGAAAAAGCUUAUGGUAUCAUGGAUUAACCCUCCAAGAUGCCAGGAGUGGCUUCAUAGCAGGAUGCCGAGUGAGUGGGAAAACGAAACGUCGCAUAUUGGUCAGAUUGCCCCCGCCUCACCAUGGCAUAUUCAUGUUAAUGUCAGGGACCAACUCUUAUAGAACUUUUCCAUUCCCUCUACCACUUAACAUCGUUUCACCAGCUGCUGUAGUAUUGGCAUCGCACUGGUCCAGGCGUGGCCAGCACUUCAGCAAUAAAGCUCCCCUUUCAAUGUUGAGAAUCAUCCAACAGUAAAAGCUGGCUCCGGUGAUGCUCUAGGAAACGGAUGGUUAUUACAUCCCAAUAUAAGCAGUGGUGUGGGAUUCCUGAUCCAUUUCAUUUUAAAUGGGCAGGAUAAAUACUUUCUUUAAAAAGUCUGUAGUCUGCAUCUUGUAAACAUUAUAUCUAAGAAGUAGCACUGCUGCGUUUGAGGCCCCCUUCCAGCUGUGGCCAAGCUGUGUUUUGUUUUUCUACACCCACAGUGCUAUUUAGUUGUUUAGACUCUGCAGCUUAUUCUAGCUGUUCUUGAAAGGCAAAGAAAAAUAGAAAGAUGUGGCAAACGGGAAAAAAUUUUGUUCUCAAUUCUGCUUGACUCUAAAUUGAGCAUUAUGCUUGAGUCUAUUAGGCUGUGUCAGACUAAUGGUCACCUCUUCAGAGAACUUGGAGCAGAAAAAGAAGACAUUAGGGAUACUGUCACACUUCUGAUUUGCAGGAUUUUUUAAGAGUUGCCUCUGCCAAUUCAGUUUUUUUUUUUUUUUUAGGGGGUGGGAGAGUUAGAAGUGUGAUCUUAGGAGCAAGUAAGUCAUCUAAUAGAAGUCCUCUGUUUGUAAAAUUACUACUCAGAGAAGUAAAAGUAAAGGUGGUCAGAUUUUAUUUUUCUAAGUACUUGUCAACCAGAGUUGAUAGAUUUUGUGGAGGACUUGAGUUAGACUUAUUAAUUCUGUGAGUAUUUUGGAUUGUAUUGCUGAACACUGAAUUACUGUAAGAAUAUAUACGGGCUCUCCCUAUGCCCUGAAUAGUUUGAUUUGCUGCACCAGUAACAUUCUAGUAUCAAGGAAAAAUUCCAUUUUACCAUGAAGGCCAAAUUUUACUUUCUCAAUGGACUGCUUGCUGCAGGCUUAUAAAUAACAACUUGCAACUGAAGUCUUUCCUGAGUGGUUUUAAUAAUAUUUCUGCAGGAAUAAAAUUGGAUUUUUAAGAAAAAUGUUGAUAGGUUCUUCAGUAAUUUAAUAAUAUACCCAAAUGCUUUUCUGGGAGAGACUAUUGUUUGGCCAACAACAGAACUUUCCCUAUAAAAGCAUUGUAUUAUGAUGUGAAUUGGCAUUAAAACCGUUGGAUGUUUUUGCAUUAUUAAGUUAAUGGAGAAAUAUUUUAUAUUGUCUUCUUUUUAUUAUAAUAUAUGUGUAAACAAAAAGUGGGCAGAGUAAAGUCUGCGAAACUUAGUUUCUCUAAAGUUUUCGGCAGUGACUGUAGCCAGCCCUGGGUCAGGGCUUGGUCCUGCAAAGCCGGAGGAAGGCGCUGUAGGAAGAAUCUACACGUCCUCCUGGUGCACGUGACCUGUGGUUUCUCAUUUUCACCCCCGAGGUACAUUGCAGGAUGAAGAACCCAUUUCUUUAUUUCAAGCCAAAGUUGACCUUGCUUAUUUAAUUGGAGUUCUUAGCUAAAUUCUUAGUUUGCAACACGAGAAGAAAUAAGAUUUGUCCUCCAUUUUUGUUUUGACGAAGCAUUGUUUGCCAGAAAGUAUUUUCUCAUGUUUACCUGUAUUCUUGCCAGUAUAGUAUAUCGUUUCUCCACCAGUUGACUUUUGUGGGGCCCAAGUCAGAAAAUUAUACAUGCAGGUCGAUGGUCAACAAGUUGAUUUGGCUAAAUUGACUAGUGUGUGUGUGUGCAGCCUAAAUCUAAACCAUCCACAAGAAAGCCAGUCCAAUCACAUUGAAGUCAUGGCAUGAAAAAGUGUGAACAGAUGAUAAUGGUUCUGAGAGACGGUACUUAUUUUAAAGUUGGCUUGAAUCUUCAGUAACAGUGUCAUCCGAUGCCCUCUGUUGUCACAGCUGUACCCUAGCCCAGCAACUACUUUGUUUUUUUGUGGGGCAGAAAGCAAACCCUGACAUACAUAGUUCUUAUGUAGAAUCCGUGAGAAGAAACACCAACCUGGAUGCAGGAGUUGUGCGUUACUACAUUUUACAUUUUUCCUAUUCCUCUUACAAGUUUGAGGCAGCUCCCCUCCAUUUCUUUGGGGUACAGGAUGAAAACCUAUUUGUGAGUAAGAGAGAUUGCAGAAGAAUGGACGCCCAAGGCGGUGACCACUGCACGUGCGUCCCCAGCACUGCAGCCCCCUCAAGCUGCCGGUCCUCUUGCUCCAUGCUUCUCGUCGGGUUGCAGAUUUGCACACACAAAGAAUUCCUCAGGAAGAGUUUGCACAUACAUCACCUUGCAAUAUUCUGUACUGACUGCACAGGGAUUCGAACGUCCUUCAGCACAAAGAGAACGUGGGAGUGGCGAUCGGUGCACACGCGCUAGCCAGAGGUAUGGUAACCCAGGGGACACGAUGGUUUCUGCAGGUAUGCAGUGAGCAGGAGCACUUGUAUCAUAGUCUUUAAUAAACCCUUUACUCACCCGGGUUGGUCAUCAUCUUAUGGAGGCUGGCUGUAAUUUCUUCUGUAUUUAUUCUGUUUUAUCACAAUUAUUUUCGUGAUUAUCAUGCAAGAGUUAUUGCCUUUAAGCCAAAUUGUUUAGUAAGCAGCUAUUGUUAAAAUAACUGAACAUUGUUUUAGGAGUGUACACUAAUCUGAGAUAUUAAAAAACUUUACAACUAAAAAACCAACACAAGACAACCCACAUUAGCUAUCCAGUCACUGUUAGGAUGUUUUCAGUUGAUUUUUUUAUGGUGUCUCAUUGAGCUUCAGAGUAUUAUGUUUACUUUACUCCAAGUCUAGGCCUCUUAAGGGGACUUUGAAGUUUAAGGUCAGAAUGUGAAUUCCGUGACUGACACCUGUAAGAGGUUUAUAGGACCUUUUUCGUUGUGUUACUGUUUUCAAUAUAAUCGCAUAAGAUGAAGUUUAUGUUUAUUGGAAGUUAAACAUAGUAGUUCAUGGAGAAAUGGAUUUCUUAUUAUUUUUAUUACCUUGUUGACAUUUGCCUCAGUUUCUGGCCACCAGAAUAUAGGAUGGGACAAAAGUAGGUUUACCAUUGUUUGUAUGUAAAAUACUACAAUAAUUAGUAAAUACUACAAUAAUUAAUUAUAAAUAAAUUCUGUUUCGCAUACUCACAACUGUAAACUUGCUUUUGCCCCACCUGUAUGUGAAAGAACCCCUAUUAUUUUCCAAGGAAAAUGAUUCCUCAUCUGUCCCUACUGUUUAUGAACUAAGUCAUUGACAUGUUCCCUCCUCCACUGGCCAAGCCCCUGUUUUGAAUCUCUCCACAGCCGAGUGGCAUAAGUGCAUACACUAUUUCUGCUUAUGUUGAUGUGGCUGUGGGAGAAUUACAGACAGUGCUGAUCAGAGGCACAUUAAGACCCUGUACCCCUGCUGGUUGGGAAUGAUCUUCAUUUCUGGUUGGACUGGAUUGUUUAGGGAAAUGUUAACAGCUUUCAAUUCUGGGAAAUUUAUAGUGUGGCUCUGGGGUGGAUUCUGUGGUUUGAAAAAAA